UAAUAAUGUUUGCGUUAAUGAGUCAAAGGAGGGCCUUUAGGUCCUUAAGUUCUCUCUAUAGACAAGGUGCUUGCCAGUCUCUUGCUUCAAAUACGGCUUUAGCUAGAUACUUCUCACAAAUGAUUCAGAUUAAGCUGCCAGAUCUUGGAGAAGGUACCAAAGAAGCAACUAUAAAGGAAUGGUUUGUCAAGAAAGGGGAAGAAAUUGAUGAAUUUGAAGAAAUUUGAGAGGUGUUCACAGACAAACUGGUCGCUCAAAUCCCAAGCACCCAUAAAGGUAUUCUUAAAAAGAUUUAUUACCAAGACGAUGAGAUCUGCCAAGUUGGAAGCACUCUAGCAGAUGUGGAACUUUUAGAAGGAGAUCAAACUAAUUCAGAGGAAAGCGCAGAGGAAAAUAUUUUUGAUGAAACAUCAGCAGCUCAAGCUUCAAUGGAUUCCUUCAAAGAAGAUAAUAAAAGCCAGACAGGUGGUGAAAAGGUUCUAGCAACCCCAAGCACAAGAAAUUAUGCCAAAACAAAAGAUGUUGAUAUCACAAAAGUACUUGGCUCAGGAGAAGAUGGGAGAAUAACUAAUGCUGAUAUUGAUAAUUUUCUCAGCAAGUCUACAUCUCAGCCAAGAGGAAAAAGGCAUAUCCCUCAGCAACCUUCUCUGACAGGUGUAACAGACAAAGACCAAGUUAAACCAAUUGGAGGAGUAUUGAAAGGAAUGGUGAAAACAAUGACUGAGUCACUAUCAAUUCCCUUCUUCACACAUCAAGAUGAGUAUGAUGCGACUCAAUUAAUGAAAUUAAGACAAGAAUUAAAGCUAACAAACAAAAAGCUAACACUUCUUCCUUUCUUCAUCAAGGCAAUCUCUUUAAGUUUGAGGAAUAACCCAGGGAUGAACGUUCAUGUGAACCCAGAGACUGAUGAGGAUGGCUACAUCAAAGAAUAUGUGAUUAAGCAUGACCACAACAUCGCAGUAGCUAUUGAUUCUCCAAAUGGUCUCGUAGUUCCAGUGAUCCAUAAAGUCCAGAACAAAUCCAUAAUUGAGAUCAACAAUUGCAUCCUAGAACUCCGUGAUAAGGCAGCCACUGGAAAGCUAACAAAAGAAGAUUACUCUGAUGGAACUUUCUCUGUCUCAAGUGUAGGAAAUCUAGGAGGGACUUACUUCGUUCCAACUAUUCUUAGACCACAAGGAGCAAUUGUAGCAAUUGGCAAAGCGACCAAGAAACCUAAAUACAUCGAAGGUGCUAAUGAUCUAAACAGAUGGGAACCUAUCGACGCUAUUAACUUUAGUUUUUCAUGAGAUCACAGAGUUAUUGCUGGAGCAACUUGCGUAAGAUUCUCUGAAGAUAUCAGAAAGCUCAUCGAGAAUCCACAAAAUAUGCUCUUGAGUAUGAAUUAAUAGAUAUAAUUAGCAUGUCGAUAAAUUCAAUAA